CGAUGUUUGCCAAGACAAACCACAACCAAGCUGGUUUCUCGCGUUGCUGCUGCCUUUGCCGCCUCAUCUUCAUCCGUACUCCGUACGCCCUUCUAUCAUUUGAUUUCUGCCAUCUUCUUCUUUUCCACCUUCAACUUCUUCAUUUCUGGAACUCCGAAUUGGAGCUCUUACUGUCGCGUUUCUGGAACUCCCCCCACGCCGCGCGCCCCACUUAGUCCUCUCGCGCUACUCCCCCUACUCGCGCGGACUCUUUUGCGCAACCAACAUUUGCCUUUCUCUCAUCCCUAUCAUUACCGCUUUGUCGUCAAUAUGCGCGUCUCUUCAACCCUUCUCCUUGCGCUCCCCGCGCUGGCGCUCGCCGAAGAUCAAAUCCCCCUCCAGGAGAAGGUGAAGGGCUGGUUUGGCAAGCUCACCAAUGCUGUGAGCUCGGCUGUCCCCGCGGCGGUUCCCUCAGCGCCUGUCGAAGCCACAGCAGCCAAAGUCGCCGAAAGUGUGCAACACCACCUCACAUUGGAGAACUGGAAGGACGUGUUGACCAAGGACCUCGCGGCGAGUGCUCCAACCACCCAGGAUUGGGUCAUCUACAUCAACGGAGGCAAUGUGACGUGCUUUGGCCAUUGUGGAAAUGUCACAAGGGCAUGGAAUGAAACCGUUGCUCUGUUGUCUGCGAAGCCCCAUGCCCCCAAGUUCGCGACCAUCGAUUGCGAUGAGGAACCCGUCCUCUGCAACUCCUGGUCUGUUGGCCCGCCUUCGAUCUAUUAUUUCACCAUUCCCAAGCCCCUGGCCGAUCAGUCUGCACCGGCGCCUACUGUUCGAUAUAUCCCGCUCAGGCGCAAUGCGACCACUGUCGAGACCCUCAAGACCCUCAUUGUUGACAAGGAGUACGAGAACACUGCGCCGUACGAGGGUGCUUGGCAUCCGUUCAAUGGUGCCCUUGCGCAGUACAACUUGGCCGUUCCAGUUGGCUAUAUCCUCUGGGGUUUCAACAAGAUGCCGACCUGGUUGCCAAUGGUUCUUAUCUCUUUCAUGAGUCGGUCCUUCAUGAACCGACGCAUGAACCCCCAACCCGCUCACCAGGGUGGUGCAGGUGGUGCAGCACCCGCACCCGGACGGCAGUAAAUUAUGGCUGGCGAAGCACUAUUCCUUUCCCAUCAAAUUUCCUCAUUCGAGUCAUGUAAAUUCCGUUCACUAGGGCCCGGAUUCUAGCUAUAGUGCUUUAUAAUCUUACUGUUGGGUACGGUUAACGACAGAUAUACUAUCUGGCGAUGGAUAUGUAUUGGAUGGUAAAUGUGAAGGCGAGACAGCGGCAGUGCAGGCGCUUGGGAUCGAUUGACUUGCGCAGACGAUUAUCUGUGUGCGCGCCAGAUAUACCUAAAACAUAUCUAUGAAUCUAGCCAUUCCAACUGCUGAA